GCAGCGUGUCUGUGGAAGAUAUUUGUGUUACUUCGGCUCCCGGUUCAUUAAGGGAGUGGCAAUAUCGACGAGGCAGUAUGUGGCAUUAAGAUUUGUCUUUGUCUUUUUUCUCCCCCCCUCCAAACACUGUGGCAGGGAAACACAUGAUUUGGACGGAGAGGACUGACAGCCUUGCCUAGCGCCCGGCCUCUGAUCAGCCAUCUCCACCAGCAAACUGAAGCUCGACCCGCACUUCAUCACCAGCCACAAGCAUCUUUGGAACCAAACGUCAUCUAACUGUGACAUCAGUUGCAAGGGGAUGACCGAGCGCAUUCAUAACAUCAAUCUCCACAACUUCAGCAAUUCUGUACUUGAGACCCUCAAUGAGCAGCGCAACCGUGGGCACUUCUGUGACGUGACUGUUCGGAUCCAUGGAAGUAUGCUGCGAGCUCACCGGUGCGUGCUGGCUGCUGGAAGCCCCUUCUUUCAGGACAAGCUGCUCUUGGGGUACAGCGACAUUGAGAUCCCUUCGGUGGUCUCAGUGCAGUCGGUCCAGAAGCUGAUUGACUUUAUGUACAGUGGGAUCCUGCGGGUGUCUCAGUCAGAGGCCCUGCAGAUCCUCACUGCGGCCAGCAUCCUACAGAUCAAGACCGUCAUCGAUGAGUGCACUCGCAUCGUGUCCCAGAAUGUGGGCCUGGCUGGGCCGGGGGGGUUCCCCAUCAUACCGGGAGACUCUGGUCAGGAAACACCGCGUGGCACGCCAGAGUCUGGCACCUCUGGGCCCAGCAGCGACGCAGAGUCAGGUUAUAUGCAAGCAACAUCACAAAGCAUGGACCGUGCAUACACAUCACUGUACUCCUACCCCGUCCUCACUCAGCAGAACGGCAAACGCGAGCGCUCCCUGUACAUUGACCCCAUGUCGACAAACUACGAUCCGACCCUCAGCACUCAGAAGAACCAGCAAUCUCAAGACCCGCCCUGGAUGAACCGCAUCCAGGAGAGAUCUCAGCAGGUGGGCCGCUUCAUCUCCACAGCCGAGUCCACCCACUGCCGCAAGCAGCCCCGACCGGUACGCAUUCAAACAGGAGGGGUACACAUAAAGCAGGAGGCCGACGACGAGUACAGCUGCUACGACACUUUGGUGGACUGCCACGACGACACUGAUCAUACUGAGGGCGUGGAGAGUGAAUCCAAGGUUGAAAGUUUUGACUCAGGGGUGAGCUCCUCCAUCAGCACUGAGCCAGAUGCUAUGGAGCAGCAGCCAUACCUGGGCUUCACCCGAGAAGGGGUCGGGGACGGCCACCAAGGUGAGGGGGGUCCGGUGCAUAUAGAGGUCAACGACUCGUCCCCGGAGCAAGUGCAAGACCCGGAGGACGGGGACACAUCCCACAGCACUAGUGACAGUAGCAUGAUGCAGCCCCUGCCAAACUCAGUCAUGCCCCUGACAGGUGCCCCGCACUACAUGCGCACGGCAGAAUCACACACCAGCAACCUGAGGAUGCCGCUCACCGUGACCAGCAAUUCCCAAGUGAUGGGCCCCGCUGGAAACUCCUUCCUGCCCACACUCUUUCCUACACAGCCGCCGAGAGACAACAAGCCUUUCCUUUACCUUCCCGGCCAGCAGCAAUCCCAGUUUGUGGCCGUGCCGCCUCCUGCAAUGCCAUCAUUCCCGCACCCCAUGUCGGUACAGCAUUCGCCAAGUCAGCAGCAACAGGUCGCAGGAGGUCCGGGGGAAAAGAGGCCCUAUGAAUGCAGUCUCUGCAGUAAAACCUUUACUGCCAAACAGAACUUCGUCAAACACAUGUUUGUCCAUACUGGUGAGAAGCCUCAUCAGUGCAGCAUCUGCUGGCGCUCGUUCUCCCUGAAGGAUUACUUAAUCAAACACAUGGUGACACACACAGGGGUGCGGGCCUACCAGUGCAGCAUCUGCAGCAAGCGCUUCACCCAGAAGAGCUCUCUCAACGUCCACAUGCGGCUACACCGUGGAGAGAAGUCCUAUGAGUGCUACAUCUGCAAGAAGAAGUUCUCACACAAGACCCUGCUGGAGCGCCACAUGGCCCUGCACAGCACAGGCAGCGCCAUCAUGUCAGGGGCCGUAGGCACCCAGGGGCCCGUCUCCAUCCCCAUGCCUCUGGUGGUCCCUGAGCUGGGGGCAGGAGUGAUGGCCCUCGCCAUGCCGGUGAGCGCAGGUGCUGGAGUUGGGGCUGGGGUUGGAACAGGAGUGGGUGUAGCGGCAGAAGCCAGCUGCCAAGAAGGGACCACCUACGUGUGCUCCGUCUGCCCUGCCAAGUUCGACCAAAUGGAGCACUUCAAUGACCACAUGCGAAUGCAUGUCUCCGAUGGAUAAGUACUAAUAGAUAAACUUCUUUAAAAAAGAAUGACAAAUAAAAUGGCACUAGAU